CAUUUCAACCACUCAAAAGGCAACAAUGAAGAAAUCUCCUGUUUAUCCAAACUAUGACACAAGUGAUUAUGUUGGCUAUGAGUUUGAUCCUCAAGUGGAUUUCACACAGUUCUUGGAAGAAGCAAGACAGCAUGCAAGAGAAGUGAAUCUCCAGAACUCACUACCACAUGCAGAAGAAACUGUAAAAACAAGAACAGAAGAAGAGAAAAAGAGCAAAAAAUCAUGGAAAAACACUCUGUUCAAAUGGUGGAAAUCUGAUAAUAAAAAGGGUGAGGCUAGUAAGCAACCUGCAAAUAGCUCUCACGUUUCAAAUCCAAGAAAAGGUCAUGUUUCUGGUCCAAUAUAUGGGACUGGUGGAACUGUAGACAUGAAGCUCCGGCGACAAACAUCCGGACCUCUUGCUAACCUUUUCAAUCCUAUAAAGAGAACAGGAAAUGAGGCACCAUAUAUGUGUCUUGAUCCGAUCAACAAUCCUCAUGGUGUCAAAGCCUAUGGACCUGUUUACUUGGUAACAUAGUGUUCUUAUGAUGAAACUACGUAAAAGGAACUUCAAUUCUAAGAAUAAUUUGUUCUGCCGGAGAAUGGAGAAUUACAGUUGGCAAGGAAGUGUACAAGAUGGUAUGAGUAGGCAGAAACAAUAUGCGUAAAGACUAGCUGUAAUGUGCAAAAAAUUGGAUUAUCUAAUAGAAAGAUAAUCCCUCGCACUGAAGAUUUAUAGCUGUCUGUCUUAUUCUUGUUUAUUUAGCUACUUGUAUGUUCAAAGUAACUGUUAUCAGUAACCUAUUGAAAUUUCAAUUCAAUAUCACUGGUUUGCUGGUA